AUGUCAUCAAUCAAUCCAUCGAGUAAUGAUCUGGACACUGAUGCUUCCACAAUCUUCGAGGUGGAUAUUAAUGGGAAAAAGUACGCAACGAAGGUCUACCAUGACAACGGAGACCCGGGCUAUAGUAAAAAAGGCCGGGACCUUAACCGCUUCCGCUGCGAGGUAAACGCAUACAAGAACCUCUCCGCAGCCGGGGUCUGCGAACGCGGCUUCGUCCCCCGUUUCUACGGCGUUAUUAAAUGCAUCGACCCGGCCUUAUUCAAGCCCGCGCUGAACCAUUUUAUUUGUGAUAAGUUUCAUUCCAGCGCUAUUCUGCUGGAGUAUCUUCCCAACGCCGAGAGUCUCAACUGUGUCGAUUUUGAUGAUGCGUUGUACCCCCAGGCCAUGGAAGGCAUGAAGGAGAUUCAAAAGGCUGGUGUUAUUCAUAAGGACGUUUAUCCUAAGAACAUACUGCUUGUUCGGGACGAGACAGAGUCUAAGUCGAAUAGGAUGGUGUGGAUUGACUUUGAUGUUUCGACGACGUUUACGGAGCUUGGGGAGAAGAAUUUACGGUUCUGUAAUCAUAAAAUACAGCUUGUCGAACAGUUUGGCGAGGCACUGAAAGAGGAGCAAGAGGAGGGUCUCCCUCCGAAUACCAAGUACUAUUGA